AUGGAGUGUCAUCAAAUGAAAUCCGUUAUUUCACUUGUAGAUUCUCUUGUACGUUCUACGCAUGUCAGUAGGUCCCGUAUUCGCACCAAGUCACCCACGGACUUCUCCAUCUGCAGUAUCCUGGGUGUAGAAAGUGACGUCACUCAAUCUUCUUCGAGUUCUGGUAAGUAUAACGUACGUAACUACGACGUCAUUUGUAUAUGCAGUUAUUCCAUCAGGCUUUUUCUACACAGUUUAAUAUAAAUUUCACUUUGUUAAUCGAAAGUCUUUUUUGUUGUUUUAACAUGCCUGUUUGAAAGUUUUAUCGACUUUCGUUACUUAAAAAAGUCUCCAAGUCCAUAUAAACUAUACGAACCAUAAAUUUCCCAACCACUUCGAAGACAUAAACAACGAAAACACAGUGUGUUUUACUGAGAAAGAUCUUACAGUACUUAAACAAUAAAAAGGUAUUUAGGACGAGUUUUCAAGCAAGUGUUAAUUUUUCUUCAACAGAAUGCAACAGUGAUACCAGUCCGCCGUUAUCGCCCUACUCCGACUGCGCGGCAAGCCCCCGUCCAAGCUACAGUGCAACCAGUUUACCGUUAACUCCUUACUCUGACGUCAAAAGCUCCAGCAGCGAUUCUGACAGUGAGCCCGAUCAAACGAAGAAGAAACGACAACGUUUCUCGCCGAUCGAAGUUUGGGAGCUGGAACGAGCAUUCAGACGGCGGCCAUAUUUGCUAAAAGAAGACGAGGAAGAACUGGUACAAAGACUGGGAAUUACGACUAAAAGUCUGAAGGUGAGUUUCUAUCAUUCAUGUUUCCUAUCAUGAGCGUAAAUUACAGGAAAUAGUGCGCAUUUGCACUCUAAGAGGAAUGGAAUUUCAGUUAGAUUUUGUUCUUGAUCAUUUUCAGUUUUGCCGGGAACGGUAAGUUGCAAACGCUCGGUGCGGGACUUUAAGCUAUGAUUAUCGAUUCAAGGCUCGGCAAUUGUAAAGUGAUUUUUCAAAUGCAUUGAAGCAAAUAUGCAAUUGUCGGACCAUGAUUACAUGUAGUCUUGCAAAGUUACACUUCAAAUCAGGCAUGUUAGUCAUCGCUAUAAUUUCCUCAAUCGGCUCUUGUGCUUGUGGUGAAUCUUUGAAACGUGUGAAGCCAUGGUAUUUUCUUUAUAUUAUGUGAAAUUUCAAUUAUAUUAAUUUUACAAUUCACAAGGCAAUUAAUAAAUAAACGCGCUAUUUUGCUGUCAGAAAGUUUUUUGGAAUCGAUACAAAUUAUUAUUGGACUGUGCUGUGUGUUGUGUAGAUUUUGUCUAAUGUUGCCCUUAUUCAGUUCAUAACUCAGACUUUUGUUAUCUUUCUUGUAGUAUUGGUUUCAAAAUCGACGAGCCAAAUCGAGGAAACUGGAGAGAAAGAUUUCAUCCCUCUGUCAGACCAGCCCGUCAAACCAGUUUGUUAGCCAACCCUAUCCAGAUCACUGGAAACAAGGAGAACGAGUGUCCUGUCCAGCGAUGGAAAGCUACUUUAGAGAUAUAAACCAGAGAACAGUUGUCAGUCGUCAACUCUCAGUCAAGUCAAACCGUGUACCGAAGCUCCACCCUGACCAGUUCACAAUCAGACCUGUUGAGCCCGCAAGACUACCGUACAGCCGUGCCCCAUACAGAUACCAACCAUACUAA